GUGGUUCAGCCUGAAGCCUGUACUCAGCCUGAAGCCUGUACUCAGCCUGAAGCCUGUACUCAGCCUGAAGCCUGCCUGGUGACCCGGUGCCCGCUGUCGAGCCAGACAAUCCGGUACCUGAUGACCCGGUGCCCGCUGUCGAGCCAGACAAUCCGGUACCUGAUGAACCCGGUGCCCGCUGUCGAGCCAGACAAUCCGGUACCUGAUGACCCGGUGGCCCGCUGUCGAGCCAGACAAUCCGGUACCUGAUGACCCGGUGCCCGCUGUCGAGCCAGACAAUCCGGUACCCGAUGACCCGGUGCCCGCUGUCGAGCCAGAAUGACGCGGUGCCCGCUGGCGAGCUAAAUGACC